AUGCAUGCAGUUCUUAUUUUACAAGUUUUACUGAUAACAUUACCAUUUAAAAAUACUGCCGCGGAGCCAUCCGGUAAGAAAAGGAUUCCAGUAAGUCUUGAUAUAUCUGGACAUGUCCCAGCGAGAAUAAGGGCCCUAAGCUCCACAGAGUUUCCUGGUGGAAUACACUAUACAGCUAUUCAUGGUUGUAGUAACACUCACAUUGUGGGCACUGUGAGUGAUGCUGGUGAACAUAUAAUAGGCUCGGAUCCUGAUGCCAUGAGCAGAUAUGUGCUUGUGGUAUAUAAAGAAGACGGUUCAAAGUAUGUCAGAGUUACGACUAGAUAUAGAAGGAAUUCCCACAUAUUUCAGACAAAGAUUAUGGAGUUUAAAACAAUACCUCUAGACCCUCAUUAUGCUCAAGUGCACAGGCUAUCUGUAGAACUAAAUAUUAUGGAUAAUACACACAAUCGCUACAUAAAAGUAGAGACAGUAGACGACCCAAAUGGACGUCCCAGCAAUAUUAAGAAGUUUACAAUAAAGAAGAAUGUAUUCGAUCAAGUUAUAAUUGGUGUGGUGAGGUAUGGUAAGCACCAGAUCGACGACAAAACCUUUGGACUUGUAAGCAAGAAGGUGAUCUGGAAUGGAAAUACAGACUACCCAAAAAUUAGUAUAGAAUCACUUCACAAAAAUGGAUCACAGUAUAAGAUAGACUACGUGCCAUGUGAAGAAUUAACAAAAGGAUUUUGUAUCGCCAAGAUGGAAAAAAGGUUAUUGAAUUUGAUCGGGUAG